GCUGAUGGGCUGCCUGGCGAGAAUUUCUCUGCUUUCGUUACGGUGGAAUUGGCCUCAAAGCAAUGGCUUCGUUACGUUUGCUGGCUACGGCUCUUGUCGCUGCGGCGCCAUUGGCAAAGUCAUUGUACAUUAAUGGCAGUGUGAUUGCGCCCUGCGACUCUCCCAUCUACUGCUAUGGUGAUUUACUCCGCGAGAUUGAACUGGCGAGACCAUUUGAAGACUCAAAGACAUUUGUUGACUUACCGACAAUACGUCCACUGGACGAAGUCCUCGCCGCGUUUGCCAAUCUUUCCCGGCCUAUUCAAAACAACACUGCGCUCAAUGACUUUCUGUCCGAGUACUUUGGAGAGGCGGGCUCAGAGCUCGAGGAAGUACCCAACGACCAGCUAGAGACUCAGCCAGAUUUUCUCGACAACGUCAACAGCUCGGUUGUAGAGGAAUUCACCCGUAAAGUCAUAGAUAUCUGGCCGGACCUGACCCGUCGGUAUGUCGGAGCUGGUAACUGCUCAGGCUGCGUCAACUCGUUCAUUCCCGUCAACCGCACAUUUGUGGUUGCAGGUGGACGUUUCCGCGAGCCGUACUACUGGGAUUCAUUCUGGAUCAUCGAAGGUCUCCUCCGCACCCAGGGAUCAUUCACACAAAUUGCAGAGAAAAUUAUUGAAAACUUCCUGGAUCUCGUCGAGAAGAUUGGCUUUGUGCCCAAUGGUGCUCGGCGAUACUAUGAGAACCGGUCUCAGCCACCGCUGCUUACGCAGAUGGUUCGCGUGUAUGUAGAGUACACGCAGAACUAUACGCUGCUGGAACGUGCCCUGCCUAUCCUUGAGCAAGAGUACAACUUUUGGGUCACCAACCGUACUGUAACGCUGGAACGCGGCGGUAUGAACUACUCGCUCAACCACUACGCCGUGUUGAACACUCAGCCGCGACCGGAAUCCUACUACGAGGACUAUGUGACUGCAAACAAUGAAACCUACUUCAACGAAGAGGGGGAGCAGUUCAAUGCCACACAACCGCUCAACGAGACCCAAAAGGCCACGCUCUAUUCGAAUCUAGCGUCAGGUGCGGAGAGCGGAUGGGACUAUACGGCUCGCUGGAUCGCAAACCCAUCAGAUGCUGUUACCGACACAUAUUUCCCACUCCGCAGCCUCAACACCAUAGAGAUUAUUCCGGUUGAGCUUAACUCGAUCCUGUACUACAACGAAAUCACUAUUGCCGAAUUCCAUCGCCACCAAGGCAACUACAGCGCUGCACGAGAAUGGGCUGAACGAGCAGCAAAGCGCAGCGAGGCAAUGACAACAUUAUUGUGGUCCCCUGAGCACUACAGCUACUUCGACUACAACCUUACUUCGCAUAGCCAAAACAUCUACACGCUCUUAGACAACACCAGCACUCCGCUUUCGGUCCAAGGCGCACCAGAGGGCAAGCAGGUCUGGUUCGAGGUCUCACAGUUCUAUCCAUUCUGGACGGGAGCAGCACCCGAAAGCAUCAAGAAAGAUCCCAAAGCCAUGCGGCGAGUAUACGCUCGUGUAGAAGAACUGCUGGAAACACGAAAGGGCGCCAUUGCAGCAACAAACCUUGCGACUGGGCAACAAUGGGACGAACCCAAUGUAUGGCCGCCACUGCAGUACAUCCUCAUGCAAGGCCUGCUCAACACCCCGCUCGAGGUCAGCGAGGAGCAGGACGAUCAAACAACCGAGGACUACGUCUGGACCCAAGACCUUGCCCUCAAACUCGCACAGCGCUACCUCGACUCUUUGUACUGCACAUGGCGUGUGACUGGCGGAUCAACACAAGACGUGCCACAGCUCGCUAAUUCCCAAGGCAACGGCACCAUCUUCGAGAAGUAUUCCGACGAAAGCACCAAUGCUGCUGGCGGCGGCGGCGAAUACACCGUCGUAGAAGGGUUUGGCUGGUCAAACGGCGUUCUGAUUUGGGCCGUCGACCAGUUUGGACAGCGGCUGAAAACACCCGAAUGCGGGAACAUUACAGCUGCUAAUAUCGGGAAUGCCGAUGCAAAGAAGAAGAGGAGGAGUGCGGUCGAGCUGAGCAAGAGGGAUGCAAAGUGGAUUAAGCAGACAAGAUCGAGCCGAUUGCAGUACUAGGACUAGCUGUUUGAUAGUCGACCAGCUUCCCCACGCUGGUAAUCUUGUUACACGAGCCGUUGAUGCCUGAUUUAAUGUUUAUUCCGUAUGCCAUGUC